CCCCACCACCAUUUUCCAUUACACAUGACUGACACACUAUCCUUCUCUCAUAUAUUUAUGCAUCUCUUUCCUUUACAGAUAAAAGUGCUUUGCUUGUUAGGUGAACCAGGCCUUACUAUCCUUUCUCUCCAGAUCUCUUCUUUUCUUUCUGAGCACUGCCCCUUUUAGCCGCUCCCCUUUUCUCUUCUGUUGUAAAUGCAACUUCUUUGUUGUUGUUAUUAUUGUUAUUUCUAACAUCUAUGGGGAAGAAAAGUGGAUCCUCAUGGCUCACCGCUGUUAAAAGGGCUUUCCGAUCUCCUAGCAAAGAUUCCGAUAAAAAGACUCAAAGAAGAAAUCAUGAUACUCAAGCUCAAGAUCUUGACGAGGAAGACGACAAGAAAAGGGAAAAGAGAAGAUGGCUAUUCCGGAAGCCCACCAGCGUCCAUGAAAAUGCAACAGUACAAGCAACCCAGCAAGCCAAGAUGAGUAAUUUGAGCGGCGGCCGAGUGGCUAGCGAUGCCACUUGUACAGACUCUGGGGCGUCGGAACAAAAGCAUGCCAUUGCAGCGGUAUCCACGGCUCCGGCGGCAAUGGAGGUGGCUUCGAUCAGUAGGCCGCCGGCUGGUCAUUCAAGGGAGCACUAUGCCGCUACCAUCAUUCAGACGGCAUUCAGGGGUUAUCUGGCCAGGAGAGCUCUUCGUGCACUCAAAGGACUGGUAAAAUUGCAAGCAUUAGUGAGGGGUCACAAUGUGAGAAAGCAAGCCAAAAUGACACUUCAAUGCAUGCAAGCUUUGGUUAGAGUGCAGGCUCGUGUUCUUGAUCAGCGCAUGAAGCAAUCUGACCAAUGCACCAGUCGAAAAUCUACAUUUAGCGACACCAACAGUGUCUGGGGCUCUCGUUAUCAUCAAGAUAUGUCUGACAGGAGAUCAAUGUCUCGAGAUGGAAGUAGCAUUGCUGAUGACUGGGAUGAACGGCCACACAGUAUUGAGGAAGUGAAAGCAAUGCUUCAAAAUAGAGCUGCUAGACGCGACAAGACUUUGUCGCAAGCCUUCUCUCAAGAGAUGAGAAGAAAUGGUAGGAAUUCAUCAAUGGGCAGUGAUAAUGAGGUUGGCGUUGGAGAGAGGCAGCAAUGGCUGGGUCCAAAAGCAUGGGAUAGCAGCAGGCCCAUGGGAAGAGCUUCAACUGAUCACAGAGAUGGUGUUAAAACUGUUCAAGUGGACACCUCUCAGCCUUACUCAAGCUUACCCCCUCCUAACCAUAUGAGAAGAUCUAGUUAUCAAUAUCACCACCACCAUAACCAACGAAAUUCCCCCUCUUCUGCUUCUCCUCUCCAUAGAGGCCAACACCAUCAGUCCCCAGCAGUAACAGUAACACCUUCCCCAUCCAAAACAAGGCCAAUACAAGUCCGUUCUGCAAGCCCUCAUUAUGUUAGAGAAGACAGAAGCUAUCACAGCACUCAAAGCCAAACACCAAGCUUAAGGUCUAACUAUAGUUUCAACACGGUCAUGUUGCAUCAUCAGCAGCAACAUGCAAGGGGUUCGACAAGUGGAGGAGGAGGAGGUCCAAUGCCCAAUUACAUGGCUGCAACCGAGUCAGCCAAGGCUAGGGUAAGGUCUCAGAGUGCACCCAGACAAAGGCCUUCGACUCCCGAGAGGGACAGAUCCGGAUCAGCCAAGAAACGGCUCUCGUUCCCGGUUCCAGACCCGUAUGGUGGUGGAAAUGGACAGGAUUUGAGGAGUCCAAGCUUUACCAGCGUCAAUCAAGCAUCAUAUGCAUACAUGGGGAUGGGGAAUGAACAGCAGUCCAAUUAUUCAUCGUAUUAUACUGAGAGCAUCGCAGGUGGCGAGGUGUCUCCUUGUUCAACCACUGAUCUUAGGAGGUGGACGUUGCGGUGAUAAAUCUUAUUAAAAAUCUAACUCGAGUGUUGAAAGAGUAAUUUAGUUUGAUGAUUGCUAAUUCAAUUAAUUAGUUUUGGUCAAGGGAGAAAGGGUACGUUUGAAGUUUGGUGUGAUUUAAUUAAUUAAUUUUAAUAGGGCGAGUUGCUGUUUGCAGUUUAAACUUUUGAUGUAAAUGCGGUCACACUCACAUGCAUCCUGCACAUUGUGUUGAAUAAUAUUAAUAUAAUAUGUGGGUCUUGGCGGAAGG